UUAAAUUUAAAACCCCGAGGAGACCACAGAAUCAGUGUUCGUCGUUCAUUGGCAGGGGGAGGACGUGCGGCUCUCCUCUCCUAGCUCUUCCUCAAAUUUCCCGUUUAAGGGCCCCGUCACCCUGCCACAAUGUACUGCUGGGGGUCAACAGUGAAUGGGGAGCUUGGGGUCGGGGCGCCUGAGGUGGAGCAGCUGGCCUUACCAACCUUCAUGGACUUCUCUGAGUCAUGGCGGGUCAAGCAAGUUGCAUCAGGACUCACCCACUCGCUCUUUCUUACGGAGGACGGGGCGGUCUACAGCUGUGGCAACAAUGAGGUCGGCCAGCUGGGUCAUGGCAAGAUUACGAGGCGACCAGAAUUAAUUGAUGAGCUACAGAACUACAGCAUUGUUCAGGUGGCAGCUGGAGACCAGCACUCUCUUGCUCUCACCUCCUGGGGCCUGAUCUACGCAUGGGGUGACAAUGGGUACGGUCAGCUUGGCGUCAACUCCUGCGACAGUCACGCGGCCACACCCAAGCUUGUCAAGAGUCUGGCCAGGAAGGUGACAGUGCAGCUGGCCUGUGGCGCCAACCACACCCUUGCCUUGACUGCUGACGGUGAAUUAUACACUUGGGGACAAAAUACUUUCGGCCAGUUGGGACUUAGACACCGACAGGGACCCCAGAAGGACCCUGCCCUGGUGACCUCCUUGGCUGGUACCCCCUUAGUCCUGCUGGCUGCUGCGGGUCACCACUCUGCUGCUGUGACCCAGGCCGGCUACCUGCUGUUGUGGGGGUCAAACAAGCAGGGUCAACUGGGCUAUACUCCCAAGGGUGAUCCUCUUGUUAGUGACACCCCAGCGUUGGUGCCGAAUCUGGCGUCUUAUUCUGAACCAAUUCGGUAUGUGGCACUUGGGGAGAGCCACACAGCGGCACUCGACUCUUUAGGGAAGCUGUGGACCUUUGGGUAUGGACGCUAUGGGCAGCUUGGUCACGGCACGACAGAUAACUGCCCCAUUCCUCGCACCGUGCUUGACCUGUGUGGCUCAAAGGUCGGCCAGGUCGCCUGCGGGAGAGGUCAUACCCUGGUCUACAUCCCCUCGCAGGGCCACGUGUAUGCAUUUGGCCAGGGUCUCUCAGGGCAGCUGGGCACCAAGACGCCACACAGCAGGGAAUUACCUCAAGUGGUAGUGGGCCCAUGGCUGUCCCCAGGGGGUGCCAGCCUGCUAGACUACGCAGAGGAGGACAAGCCCCAGUGUGUAUUUAAGGCAGAUCUUCGCAGGGGGGACGUCAGCAUGGCCACCGUCAGCAGGGAGAGUGGGGGUGCUGAGGACUUUUGCAGCCCUCCCCUACCCCGACCAAAUGCCCCUCUCACAAUUCAAGAACAUAUGAUUAAGAAACUUCUGUCAAUCGAGGAAGAAGACAUGAUUGAUGACGAUCUGUUUACGUACGCGGAGACAGUGUUUGCCUCAGUGUGCGCUUGGAACAGCUCCUUCACGCUUGCUGGUUCGCACAAGCACACACACGGGCUGGACUACCGUUUGGCUGAGGACUGUGUGGCUCAGAUUGGCCGGAUUGCAAGGGAGACCAUUCAGGAAGUGAUUCGUACUGGCAUUCAAAACGUGGCCAAGAGUCUUCCUUCGCAUCCCCCAGCCAGGACGCCUUACGCUGUUACAUCCUUCUUCCCCUGUACAAGGACUUCACUGACCCCAAACAAAUGGCCAAACUCCAAACGCCGUAUGCUGGGAGUGUUGAAGCUUGGCAAGGAGAUGGCGGAGGUGUUCAAAUCCUGGCUUGCCUCUCUUCCAAGGGACUUUACACUAAGGCUGGUUACUGUGUACAAGAGUGUGGUGGUGCAGAUCCUGAAUUCAGCUCACCAAUCUAGCUCUGAGAGAGACCGGCGUGCCCUCGUGUCUUCCCUGCGGCUGUUGUCCCUGGUCCACGGUCUGAACUUCCAAGCCGGCUGCCGAGUGGGGCGGUUGAACUACGACGACUUUUACAUCCCAGAAAUUGCAGAGAAAAUUGAUAUUAGGAAUGAUUACUUGAACUGGAUGAACAGCAGGCUUCACCCAAUGUCCAGGAGGGAGAGUCCAAUCCUGUUCUGUGAGUAUCCAUUCUUGUUCGACCCUCAGGCCAAGACGCUGCUGCUCAGGUGUGAUGCCACUCGGCAGAUGCAAGGAGCGAUCCAGGAAGCCGUUUUAAACAGUAACCCCAUGCUGUGGCUCUUUGACCCUGCCCAAGUGCAGUUUCUAAACGUACACAUUCGACGCACACACAUUGUGGAGGACACUAUCAGUCAACUGCUGCACCACGAGGUCACCGAUUACAAACGGCCAUUGAAGGUCCACUUCAUCGGGGAGGAGGCGGAGGAUGCAGGUGGGGUACGGAAGGAAUUUUUCUUGCUCCUCCUAAGAGAUAUUUUGAAUCCAGACUAUGGUAUGUUUACUGAAUUCCCCGACACAAGAAGGAUUUGGUUCAAGGAGGGAGCUCUGGAGGCGGCUGCUACCUAUGUGUUGAUUGGCAUUGUGUGUGGACUGGCAAUCUACAACUUUACCAUCAUCAACCUGCCCUUCCCAAUUGCACUGUACAAGAAGUUACUGGGAGAGACUGUAGGCUUGGAUGACCUUGCCGACCUUGACCCGCAGCUGACCAGGUCACUGCGAGAUCUGCUGGAGUACGAGGGAGGUGACGAGGAGGAAGUUUACGGCCUCAACUUCACUGUGACCCAGGAUUACUUUGGGGAGUGCAAGAGUGUCCCCCUGAAGGCUGGAGGGGAGGAGAUGUCAGUCACACAGCAGAACAAGCAGGAAUAUGUGGAGCUGCUGGUGGAAUACAGGCUGAACAAGAGCAUCGACAAGCAGUACAAGGCCUUCCAUGACGGCUUCUACAGGGUGUGUGGUGGCAUUGUGCUCAAGCUCUUCCAGCCUAUGGAGUUAAUGGAUUUGGUUACUGGCAAUGAAAAUUAUUCCUGGAGUGAGCUGGAGAAGAACACUGAAUAUAAGGGCGAAUACUUCCCAGACCACCCAGUCAUACGCACGUUCUGGGAAGUAUUUCACGAACUCUCCCUGGAGCAGAAGAAGUUGUUUUUGAAGUUCCUGACGGGCACUGACAGGGUUCCUAUUCUGGGCAUGAAGGCACUCAAGUUGAUAAUCCAAAGCACAGCAGACGACAGCUUCCUUCCGGUCGCACACACCUGCAUCGCCCAACUCGACCUGCCAAAAUACAACACCAAAGAGAAGCUGAAAUACAAACUUCUACAGGCCAUACAGCAGAGUGAAGGGUUCGGCCUGGUGUGAGGGUGUCAGGGGGUGUUGACGGGGUGUGAGGGGGUGUUGAAGGGUGUGAGGGGGUCAGGGGAGGCUGUGAGUUGGAUAAGAGUGACCUUGUGUGUGUGUGUGUGUGUGUGUGUGUGUGUGUGUGUUUGGUUUGGUGUCUAUUUAAGUAGAUCUUGUGUGUGUGAGAGAGAGAGAGAGAGAGAGAGAGAGAGAGAGAGAGAGAGAGAGAGAGAGAGAGAGAGAGAGAGAGAGAGAGAGAGAGAGAGAGAGAGAGAGAG